AUGGAUCCCAAACUCUUCGAUGAACUGUUCUCUGAGCCCUACGGCCCUUAUUUGGAUAGCGAAGUGCUGACCGAUGUCUGCAAGAGUGUCCCGUCCAAGAUACUUGGUCUCACAAGUCUCAUGCUGGAGUGCGGAGGAAAGCCCAUCGGCCUGAAUCAAUCCGAGAAAUAUCAACCUGAAUACCAGGAGUCUCGAGUCUCCAAGCACGGAGUCAAGUUCCGCGGAGUGCUGACGAUCGAGAGACUAGACUGGCUGCAGCCACUUGCUAGGAAACGCCUCAACAAAGACAUCGUCCUACGUCAUGUUACCGUGAGCCACAAAGAGGGUAGGCGGAUGCCUCGCGCCGGUGAAACACCUCCGCUAGAGCACUUGUACCUGAGGAAUAUGCCCAACCGCCGAAUCAAAGUCAUAAUACAAGGAGUGAAGCAUCUACCCGCCCUCUAUCUAUCCCAAAUCCUCUCGAUGGAUGCCCGCACAUAUGCCGAUAGUCGUAAGGUACGUGUGACUGUCUUGCCUCCACGCUGCUCAUCUCAUAUACCCUCGACGCAGUACUUCGGACGUUUCCGCACCCUUAGGACCCUCGAACGCAUUGUCAAGAUCGACGACAAGAUCAAGCGCGCCCGCGGCGAGCCUCAAACUCCGCGGGACGAGCGCACCCCAGACUGGUUCGCCAAGAUGUACAAGAAGUACCUUGCGAACCCGGCCAUGGCGCGUCAGCGCCGCAUCGUCUGGAAUUCAGAUGAUUCCGAUGUCGAGGAGGACACAGAGGGGAAGUUGAGGAGGGGGCGAGAGCAUGUCCUGAGGCACGUCUCCACUGCGGAGGUGCGCUCGCUGAUGGCAACGCAUGCGGAAUGGAUUCUCGGGGACCAGCAACUGAGGAAGCAGAACAGGAUGCUAGAUCUAGACGUGUGGGCGAAGUGGGUGCGAACGUCAAAGAAUGCGCGGAUACACGCAUGGCUGGAUAGGGAUCCGGCAAAACCAGACAUCGGCGUCAAGUGGGGUUGGUUCGACGACGAGGAUCCCAACGGGCCGCUGAGCGAAGAUGAGCUCGAAGACGAAGAACCACCGGAGAGGCCGCGCUCCAAGAGGAAGUCGAAAGCAAAGCUUGGGCGUGCCUGCGCCGGUAGAACGGGCCCUCCCCACCCAGAAGAGGAAGAGGAGGAGGGAGGCAACAUCUACGACCCUGACUUCUCGCCAAAGUCGUCGGCGCCCGCUUCCGACUGGGAGUCAGACGAGCCCCUUCCAUGCCGCCCCGGAACUCCAGUCAGUGCUGCUAUUGCAAGGCUCAUCCCCUCCGCCCUCUACCACCCGCCUGUGCUCCCUGACUCGUCGUUCGUCUGGGUCUGUCCUGUGAAAGGCUGCGACUAUGAACUGCCUCUUCUUGAACUCAACGAGGAACAUUACCGCCACCUCACCUUAGAAGACAUCCAGAGCUUCAAGGAGGGUAGGUGGACGUUGAGUGAACAAUGGGUGCAGCGCGCGUUCUUGCAACUUGUCUCGAAGCACUACGAUGAUCACAUGGAUGGCUUAGGCGUCGUUUUGCAUAAACAUGGGAAUCAGACACAUCUGGAGUGGAAGAAUCCCAGACACCAUCCACCUUCGCCGACAAGGACUCGCCGUCCGAUACUUCGGCCUGAUUCAGACGAAGAAAUCAAAGUAGAGCAGCAAGACUGA